AUGGCCAUGUCGCAGGCUCUGUCAGAGGAGGAGUUUCAUCGGAUGCAGGCUCAGCUGUUGGAGUUGAGGACUCAGAACUAUCAGCUGUCAGAUGAUCUCAGGAAAAACAAUACAGAGCUGAACGCCGUCCGUCAGAAAAAUGCCGUGUUGGAAAGAGAUUUUAUCAAAGCUCAGAAGGCUCUGAACAAGAGCAAGAAAGCUCAGGAGGUGGAUGCUCUGCUGAGUGAGAACGAGAUGCUUCAGGGGAAACUUCACAGUCAGGAAGAAGAUUUCAGACUUCAGAACAGCACACUGAUGACUGAGCUGUCCAAGCUGUGCACUCAGAUCGAGCAGCUGGAGAAGGAGAACCAGGAUCUGAAGGAAGGAGGCGGAGCUUCAGCCUCUAGCCCCGCCCCCAACCCCCCCGCCUCCAGCCCUGUGGACGGAGAGCUGCUCCGCCUGCAGGCCGAAAACUGCACCCUGCAGAAGAAGAUGAGAGCCCUCCAGGACCGCUUCGACAAGGAGCACCAGAGACAGGCGGUCGCCCAGGGCAACCAGGGCGCCGUCGCCACGGAGACCGACGGCUCAGCCAGCGCCAACGGUGUCUCUGAUGUCACAGGGAGAGGGGAGGAGCCAGCAGUGGAGGGAGCCAAUGAGAGAGCAGAACAGACGGAGGCUCAGCUGGAGCACACAGAGAAACAGACACACGUCUGA